CAAAUAAAAUAUUUUUUAAAAAAUAUUUUUUGGUUAAUCAUUGUUUAUAAAAAUAUAAUUAAAUCAAUUAUGUUUCGCACUGUUUAUUGUCGUUUAAUUGGUUCAUCGCUUUUGCGAAAUGUUAAUAUCAGUCAACAUGUGAUGACAAACAAUAUGUCAAACAAUAGUCGACCACUCAUUGAAAAAGGUCUAAAUCAAGUGAUACUAAUGGGUCGCUGCGGUAACGAUGCAGUCAAGAGAGGCACUGAUACUCAUCCAGUUAUUGUCUUCUCUUUGGCCACUCAUACACACUAUAAGGCACAGGGAAGCGAUGUUUUUAAACAGAAGACUGAUUGGCACAGAAUAUCAGUGUUUAGACACAGACUACAGGAAAAGUCACUCAAUUAUGUUAAGAAAGGAAAUCGUCUCUUAGUUCAGGGAAGACUGUCUUAUGGAGAGAUUACUGACACUAAUGGUAAUACUCAUCAAACAACAAACAUUGUCGCCGAUGACAUAAUAUUCUUGUCGACAUCCAACCGAAUUACUGAAGAAGUCGAUGAAGAUAUUGACGAAUCUAUAGAGAACUAGUUAUUAUAAUUAUGAUAUCAAAGUCUUAAUUCAAGUCAAAACGUUUAGUUAGAUAUUUUGUUUUUUCUUCUUUUUUUCAUAUAUUUAUUACUAAAUUUAAGUCCAAAUAAUCAUUACA